UAGUGAAUGCAGGGUCCGGGGAGACCAAAUAUAGUGAAUGCGGGGUCUGGAGAGACCGGAUAUAGUGAAUGCGGGGUCCGGGGAGACCGGAUAUAGUGAAUGCAGGAUCCGGGGAGACCGGAUAUAGUGAAUGCAGGGUCUGGGGAGACCAAAUAUAGUGAAUGCAGGGUCCGGGGAGACCAAAUAUAGUGAAUGCAGGGUCCGGGGAGACCGGAUAUAGUGAAUGCAGGGUCCUGGGAGACCAGAUAUAGUGAAUACAAGGUCCGGGGAGAGCGGAUAUAGUGAAUGCAGGGUCGGGGGGAGAGGGAAGGAAAGAGAGGGGAGGGGAGAAAGAAGAGAGGGGGCGGAGAGAGAGAGGGGGGGGCGGAGACAGAGAGAGAGGGGUUGG